GUGGAGUAUUUGUAGCGUCAUCUUCGACACAAUCAUAAUUUAACCUAUAAAAAAUUGAGUUUUUUUUUCAGUUUUAACUCCAAUCUCUGUAGGGAAUGUUUAAUUAAGCAGUACCUUCAAUAAUUUAAUUAUUUUGAUAAGACAAAACUGACCUACUUAAAACGAGGCUUGGAGGAAACUUUGAACAAUAGUUGAUUCUAUGCGGUUUUCAUGAAUGUGAUGCUGAGUAGGGAUUCAAGCAUCAAACCAAAUGUAUGAGGAAAAUAUGUUCUACUGCACAUGUAAAGCUCUGCCAUGAGUCAGCCUCCGCCACCAGAUAGUGAAUCUCUUAGGGAACUUGCUGCCCAGAAGGAGAAAGAAUGGAGAGAAUUGCAGGAAUUGAGAAACCACACAUUGGAAAUAGCAUACAAAGAAAAGGAAAACCAACUGAAUCAAGAGAAUGCCAAAUUUAUGAAACUUAAAGAGGAUUUCAAAUAUAACCUUAAACUGCUAGAGGAACGGGAUGUGGAACUGGAAAGAUAUGAUGCAAUUUUUGGAGAAUUGAAAGCUGCCAUCAAUGCCAAGAAUGGAGAAAUCAGUGAGAUGAAGAUACAACAAGAUGAGCUAUGUGCCAGUCUGAAAAGAGAAGAGCAUGCUAAGGAGCAGCUUCAAAUGCACUAUCAACAAAGAAUGAGAGAGAAACAGACAGAAGUUGACCAGUUUAGGAGUGAGAAAGAGGCUGAGAUUAAAGCUGAAAGAGAACAACUAGAAAACAUCAAAAGGAAUUUGGAACAUCAGCUUCGAGAAGUUGAGGGUGAACUUGAUGUCCAGAAAAGAGAAAUUACUGCAGGUUUUGAUGAGGCUAUGAAAAGAAGAGAACAUGAGUUCAGGACACAAAUGGAUGAGAAGAGUGGCCAGAUUCUUGCUUAUGAACUGAAAAUCAAAUUGUUGACCAAAGAUGUGGAAAUGUUGUCGGAAGCUGGAGAGAAAACGGAGAAAGAAUUUCACCAUGUGGAUCAAAAUCACAGGACACUUGAGAAAAAGUUUAAGGAAAAGGAAUGGGAAUUUAAUGAUAUGCAGGCCAUGAAAGAUGCCAGGAUACAAGAGUUGGAGAGCAAGCUGCACCAAACAGAACUUGGUGUCAAAAGAAUGGAGGAAGAAUUUCAAAGAAAGUUUGAAGAGAGGGACAGAUAUGCCAGAGAGAAGGAAUCCGCUUUAUUAAAAGUCAAAGAAGGUCACCACGAGACUGAGAGAGUUCUGCAGGAGAACAUCCGUGAGCUGCAAACACAACUGGAGCAGGCACAGGUGGAGAGCAGACGUCUACAGUGGGAGAACCAGGAUCUGGCAAAGGAGAAGGAGCUGCAGGCAGAAAAACUUCAUGGAGAGAUACACGACGUGAAAGAGAAAUGGGAUGCCCAACUGUCUGAGAUAGCUCGUACUAAUGUCGCCAGGGAUUUGGAACUGCAGGCCCUAAAAGACAAUGAAGAUAGUAUCAAAGCUGAGCUUCAGCAGAAAAAGGAGAGCAUUGAAAGGUACAAGAAGGAGAUGACCCUGGCUGUGGAAAGAGAGGCCAGUUUGGAGCGUGCCAAGGCUCAGCUGGACCUGGACUGGCAGAGGAGAUACGAAGAGGUGGAGAGACUGCAGUAUGAGCGCUCUGAGGACCUAGUGAAAAACCUGACUAGGGCUAGGGAUGAGGCUUUUGCCACCCUGAAGGAGAAGGACAGAGAACUCCAACAGAGGGAGAGUUUGAUCAAAGUGUUGACCAAGGACAGGGACCAGGCACUGGCAACACUGAAACAGCAUGGAUUGGUGCUGGAUAGAAAUAUAGAUACCUCGGCUGUCCAUGGUACUCCAACCCAGUCAGAGUCUGAAGAGAUCUCCCGGCUUCAGGCACAGAAUGAAAAACUGAGAACGGUGAUCAGGCAGAUGAGGACUGAAAUGGAGAAUAUUGGAGACCAGGAGCCAGUUAAGCAGAAGCCGGGCAGUCCAGUCACUGAAGAAUAUGUUAGAAUGUUAGAAGAUGAGGUCCGUAGCCUGAAGAGUAAAAUGCGCAAUGCAGAAUCUGAUCUCCAAACCAAGCAGCAACCCAGAGAAGACCCACCUGUAGCACACGCCCAAGAUCUCCUCAUGAAAUCUAUUGGCGACAAUGCCCUUGUACGUUCUCACAUCCAGUCUUUAAAUGAUACCAUAGCCAGUUUAAGAAGAGAAAAGGUGGAACUUAGUGCACAGGUGAAAAAACAGCAGGCAAGACUACAGUUUCAAGAGGCUUCUCAAAAUAAGCUGUCCAAGCAGCCCAGAGAAAAGCAGCUUGAGAUAGACCAGCUCCAGUAUGAGCUAGGUGCCCAGGGCAGACGCCAUGUUGCUGAGGUCGCUAGUCUGUGCCAGAAGAUAGCGGAACUAGAGCUGCAACUCAUAGAAACUAGGAAAGAAGCAGAUGAAUAUUUUAAAGCAAAUCUGGAGAAAAAUCUGGAAUUGAAUUCCCUUCAAAAUGAGUUAUCAAGCCUCAAAGUUGACUUGGCACAGAAGACGCCAGGAAUAAACUAUGGAGGUCAGGAGCUCAUGAUACAGCAGUUGGAAGAUGAGAUCAAAAGACUACAAAACAAACUUGCCGGCAGACCUGACCACAUGAUCCCUGACCAACCAAUCAGAGGCCCUACGGAAAGUGCGACAGUUGAUCAACUUCGUAGCAAGCUAAAACAAGCUGCCAAGCACAUCACGCAGUUGGCGAAAGAGAAACAACAACUGAUAGAGGUUGGGAACAGGCAGAGGGCAAUACUCAUGAAUCACGGCAUAAGGCUACCCACCCCUCCCAGACCUCCACCCAAAGUAACGCCACUGCCAGCACCUGCUAAACCAAUGGCAACAGGCAGAAUAUCACAGGCAGUACAGAAUAAACUUACAGAGCUUGAACGGCUGCAGUAUCAACUCACCAAGCAGGAAUUAGCCCAGCAAAGAAGGGCACCUGCAGGAGAUGAAGCCAUGACAGCCAUGCUUCUAGAACCCAGCUCCAGUGAGAGCCAGGAAGAGGAGUACAGACCACAGUCCAUUCUGAAGAGACAGCAGUCUGAUGUGGAACAGAAUUACCAAUAUGGCUAUCCAGUGAGACCGGUAAGUGCGCCAGGGACCUGGGACCCCGUUCCAGUUCCAGACUCCAGACCCUCCACUGCCCCAGGUCAGCCAGGACAGAAUGGUCUGCAGCGGACCUCCUCCCCCUUUGUACCCUUGGCAACAGGGUCAUCCCUGGGGGGAGAGUCCCUGCAGGAGGUGUGGAGGAUGCUAGAUGAAGGCCAGAGCCCAUCUCUGUUCACCCCCAGGGACAGCAAUGUGGGGAUUGUCUCAGAUCAGCUAUCACACAAUGGACAAGUUUGGCCACAAAGUGACCAGUAUGAUACCCACCACAGAAAAAGUGACCACGGUCAAAGUGGCCCAUCGAGCCAAUGGUCAGUUCAGGGAACUAAACCCAGCUUUGUUGACCACAAAGGCAAACCAGACAAAAAACUGUCAGAUAAAGCAGCAGGGAAGUUAAUGCCAAAGAAAUCUCAGAAACCAAAGAUCAGAAACUAUAAUAAGAAAGAUGGGGAAAGUUGACAGGCAUCACUGUCACACUGAUAAUUUUUUUAUCAUUUGGCAAAGAACACAAAUUUUAGUUGUAAUUAUCGUUUCCUGUAAUCAAAUUCCCUGAUGGUCUCAGACAAUGAAGAACAACUGAAUGUUAGGUUUGAACAAUGCUAUUUAUUAUAUAGAUAUUUUUGUAAACCUAUGUACAUGUGUAUAUUUACAUAAUAAAAGAGGUGUUUUACUA